AAAACGCUUCGCCGUCCCGUUUGCUUAAGGUCCCUAUCAUGUCGAAUUCGUAUACGACACAAGGGAAAGCUUUGCCUGACAAAGUCAGGCAGGAAAUUAUAGAGAAGUUGUUGAAUAACGAAGGAAUUGCCGAGAUAUCUCGGCAAUUAGUUUUACCAUACAAAAGUGUAUCUAAUAUUGUAGAUCUGUGGCCAUGGAUAACCACUGGUUCAACUAAACCUCGAUCUCCACAACGUGUUGGUAUUAGAACUGCUCGAACUGAUGAUGUUAUCAGGUACACUGAAUACACGAAGAUUAAUAAACCUUCAACAUACGCAAAAGAGAUUCGACAACAGCUAAAAAAAGAGAACGUGUGCCUCCCAGAAAAUGUUCCAAGCAAUUCAUGUAUAAGUGGAAUUUUAAAAAGUGAUCUCGGAUAUUUAUACAAAAAACUUAGUGUAUAUACCUCUUGAAACAGAAAGGGAUGGCGUGAUGGAAAAGUUACAGAAUUACAUAGCAGAAGUAUCAGCAAUUGACUUCAAUCGUCUGCAUUUCUUUGAUGAGUCGUCCGUUGUUGUGACAAGUGGAAAUGGGUUCGAGGGCAUAGUGCAGUUGGCAAACCUGCAUUCGAAGUUCAACGCUAUGCCUCAAAUGCUACUUAUACGGUAAAUUUGCUCCACAGCGUUAAUGGAAUAUCACACUUUAAUUUUCUGAGGGGUCCGUCGAACGGCCUAGAACUGUUACAAUUUUUUGAAGAAGCUCUUGAGCAAGUAGACGCAUUUGAAAACCCAGUUGUUAAAAUCAAUGAUGUAAUCGUAAUGGAUAACUGUGGUUUUCAUCACGGCAACGAUGUUGAACCAAAUUUGCGAG